CUUCAUUCCCAUCUCUUUUCAUCUUCACCCCCCUCACCAGCCAAAAUGAUUAUCUUCGAGGACAUUAUCUCCGGCGACGAGAUGGUCGCCGACACCUUCAACCUGAAGGUCGUCGACGGCGUUCUCUUCGAGUGCGACUGCCGCAAGUACAUGAAGAGCACCAACGAGGACUUCCAGCUCGAGGGUGCCAACCCCUCCGCUGAGGGUGGUGAUGAGGAUGAAGGUGGUGAGGGUGAGAAGGUCAUGGUCCACGACAUCGAGGACCAGUUCCGUCUCGUCUGGCUCAAGACCGAGGAGGGCCUCAAGCCCUCCAAGGAUGCCUUCAAGUCUCACCUCAAGAGCUACAUGAAGAAGGUCCUCACCAAGCUCCAGGAGACCGGUGCCAGCGAGGAGACCAUCAACGAGUUCAAGAAGGGUGCUCCCGGUGCCGUCAAGAAGAUCCUGGCCAACUACGACAACUACGAUGUCCUCAUGGGUCAGUCCAUGGACGGUGAUGCUAUGCACGUCCUCAUCGACUUCCGUGAUGACGGUGUCACCCCCUACGCCACCCUCUGGAAGCACGGUCUCCGCGAGGUCAAGGUCUAAGGGAAAACUACAAGCCAGCCUUUUCAAAUAAAAAGAUUAAUUAUACCCCUCCUGAACGUCUCCCGCUCAAACCCUCAAAUCCUUCCAACCUUGUUGUGCGAAGAAUGUUGUCAUGAAUCAAGAAAAAUCUUGGUCAAAACAGCAAACAACCGUUUGUUGCUUUUUAGACCGAAAGUCACGCCUCAUGAAUUCCAUAACUUUUUU